CGAGAGAGAGAGAGAGAGAGAGAGAGAGAGAGAGAGCGAGAGAGAGGGCGCGAUCCAGCAGGCUCAGCAGACUCCGGCUGGGAUCUCGAAGGCACAUCUGCAUCCGGAUCAGGCUCCAGGAUCCUGGAGUUAGGAGAUGGACCCUCGCCACAGGAGACACGAAGGCCUGCGGAGGCAGGUGGCUCGCACGUUGACACUCGGCGCAACGCGCAAGCCGCUGGCAUGAAGUAGACGCAGCAAAGGGUUCAGUCCGACACAGGCCGCCCAGGAUGUCGUGGGCCAGAGGCCUCUUCGCGGGCAGAGCGGGCGAGCGAAAGACGGCGUGGGGAGAGCGCAAUGGCAAAAAGAAGACGGACGGGUCCUCGCCGUCCACGUCUCGCUACAUGAGCUGCCUCGGGGACCCCGAGGACCCGGAGCCCCCGAGCCCGGCCCCCCGGCGUCACCGCCCUCGAGCGGGCGCGAGCGGGGGAAACUUGGGCCUGCGCUGCGGCUGGCAAGAGGACCACUACGGGAAAAGGACGGGCGAAGGCGCGGAUCUGGCUCCGAAGGCCGCGGCCUCGGGCUUUGAGGACGGCGAAGCGAAGGGGACGAACCAGGAGGACUCGGCGGAGUCCGUGAGCGCCGCCGACUGCUGGACGCGAACGGCGUGGGUUUUUCACUCCAAGAAGUUCCAGUCGGCCAAACUGGAGCGUCUGUAUCAGCGCUACUUCUUCAGACUCAACCAGAGCUCUCUGACCAUGCUGAUGGGGGUUCUAAUGGUGGUGUGCGGGGUCAUGCUGGCCUUCCACUGCAUCCAGCGGGCUCCGGACGCGGCCUACGUCUCCGUCCUCUGCGUCGCCACGGCGCUUUUCCUGGCCGUGAUGGUGGCGUGCAACCGCAACGGCUUCCGCCAGGAUUACAUGUGGAUCGUGAGCUACCUGGUGAUCGGGGUGCUGAUUGUGGUCCAGGUGUUCGGGCUGCUGAUGGUGUACCCCCGCAGUGCUUCGGAGGGCGUCUGGUGGACGGUCUUCUUCAUCUACAUCAUCUACACGCUGCUGCCCGUCCGAAUGAGAGCCGCCGUGCUCAGCGGUGUCACGCUGUCGCUCAUCCACGCUCUGACAGCCUGGCAACGCAACCGAGAGGACGAGUUCAUUUCGGAACUGAUAAGUGCCAACAUUGUCAUCUUCCUGUGCACCAACAUGAUCGGGAUCUGCACCCACUACCCCGCCGAGGUCUCCCAGAGGCAAGCCUUCCAGGAGACCCGAGGAUACAUCCAGGCCCGAAUUCACCUGCAGAGAGAAAACCAGCAACAGGAGCGCCUCCUACUGUCAGUGCUUCCCAGGCAUGUUGCCAUGGAGAUGAAGGCUGACAUCAAUGCCAAGAAGGAAGAUAUGAUGUUCCACAGGAUUUACAUCCAAAAACAUGACAACGUUAGCAUCCUGUUCGCCGACAUCGAGGGCUUCACCAGCCUGGCGUCUCAGUGCACGGCGCAGGAACUCGUCAUGACGCUCAACGAGCUGUUCGCCCGCUUCGAUAAAUUGGCAUCGGAGAACCACUGCCUCCGCAUCAAGAUCCUGGGGGAUUGCUACUACUGUGUGUCGGGGCUGCCCGAACCUCGGGCCGACCACGCCCACUGCUGUGUGGAGAUGGGCGUGGACAUGAUCGAAGCCAUCUCACUGGUGAGAGAGGUGACCGGCGUCAACGUGAACAUGCGCGUGGGCAUCCACAGCGGGCGCGUGCACUGCGGCGUGCUGGGCCUGCGCAAGUGGCAAUUCGACGUUUGGUCCAACGACGUGACGCUGGCCAACCAAAUGGAGGCCGGUGGGAAGGCCGGGCGCAUCCACAUCACCGAAGCCACUCUUCGCUACCUCAACGAGGACUACGAAGUGGAGCCCGGCUUCGGAGGGGAGAGGAACGCGUACUUGAAGGACAACGACAUUGAAACUUUUCUGGUGUUGGGCUGCAGCCAGAAGAGGAAAGAGGAGAAAGCCGCGAUGGCCAAGAUGCAGCGAGCGCGGGCAAAUUCCGCCGAGGGAUUGAUGCCACGCUGGGUGCCUGACAGAUCUUUCUCCAGAACCAAGGAGUCCAAAGUCUUCAGGCAGAUGGGCAUCGACGAAGCAUCCACGAAGGACAACCGCUGCGCUCAGGAGGCGCCGAACCCCGAAGACGAGGUGGACGAGUUCCUGGGCCGAGCCAUCGACGCUCGCAGCAUCGACCAGCUGCGCAAAGACCACGUCAAGAACUUCCUGCUCACCUUUCAAACCGCCGAGCUGGAGAACAAGUACUCCAAGAAGGUGGACGACGGCUUCGGCGGUUACGUGGCCUGCGCCCUGCUGGUUUUCUGCUGCAUCUGCAUCAUUCAGAGCAUCGUCUUGAACAAAACUCCGCUGAUGCUGGGUCUGUACCUUAGCAUCUUCUUCAUCCUGAGCAACAUGGUCUUCAUCUCUUCCAUUUACUCGUGCCUCAAACUGUUCCCGGCCGCCUUCCGGACGCUCACCACGAAGAUUGUGCGGUCGCGUGCGAACAGCACACUGGUGGCCGUCUUCGCCGUCCUUCUCCUCUUCAUCGCCUCCUUCGCGAACAUGUUUACGUGCAGCAGAGCCGACUUGAAGGGCUGCGUGGCCGAGGAGCGGCGCAACGCGACGGCGGUGCUCUGCCUGCUGCGCAACCUCACCGAGAUGGCCAAAGACGGCUGGACGUCGUGCUCCGGCCGGGCGGCGCCCUGCCAUUUCCCCGAGGUGAAACGUCUUCACAGAGUCGAGUCGCCUUCACUCAACGUUUGCGCGUCUCGGCCGCAGUAUUUCAGCUACAGCGUCCUGCUGACCCUGCUGGCCUGCUCGGUGUUCCUGCACAUCAGCAGCAUCGGCAAGUUGGCGCUCAUGCUGCUCAUCCAGCUGGUCUUCCUGCUGCUGGUGGAGUGGCCUCACGUCAUCCUGUUCGACAACGCAGACCUGCUGCGCAAAGCCAGCGCGCUGCUGGCUUCCAAUGCAACUGCAGAACAGUGCCUGGAGAGCGUGACCAAAGUGCCGCUGAAGGUCAUGACCCCCGUCAUCCUCACCGUCUUUGUACUGGCGCUGUACUUGCACGGCCAGCAGGUGGAGUCCACCGCACGCCUCGACUUCCUCUGGAAGCUGCAGGCCACCGAGGAGAAGGAGGAGAUGGAGGAGCUUCAGGCAUACAACCGCCGCUUGCUGCACAACAUCCUGCCCAAAGACGUGGCCGCGCACUUCCUGGCUCGCGAACGGCGCAACGACGAGCUGUACUACCAGUCGUGCGAGUGCGUGGCCGUCAUGUUUGCGUCCAUCUGCAACUUCUCUGAGUUCUACGUGGAGCUGGAGGGCAACAACGAGGGCGUGGAGUGUCUCCGGCUUCUCAACGAGAUCAUCGCCGAUUUCGACGAGAUCAUCAGCGAGGAGAGAUUCCGUCAACUGGAGAAAAUCAAAACCAUCGGUUCCACUUACAUGGCCGCCUCCGGCCUCAACGUGUCCACCUACGACCGAGAGGGUCGCUCGCACAUCCUGGCGCUGGCCGACUACGCCAUGAGGCUCAGGGAGCAGAUGAAGUACAUCAACGAGCACUCCUUCAACAACUUCCAGAUGAAGAUCGGGCUGAACAUGGGACCGGUUGUGGCCGGGGUGAUCGGAGCCAGGAAGCCGCAGUAUGAUAUUUGGGGGAACACGGUCAACGUGGCCAGUCGAAUGGACAGCACCGGGGUACCGGACUACAUUCAGGUGACCACGGACCUGUACCGCGUGCUGGCCAACAACGGCUACCGGCUGGACUGCAGAGGGCUGGUCAAGGUGAAGGGCAAAGGCGAAAUGACCACUUACUUCCUCGCCAGCGGCCCCCCCGCCUGUUAACCGCGGGCCCGAGCUCCUCCGCAGGGUGGACAAACGCUGUCUGUGCCUUGUCACACACACACACACACACACACACACACACGUGACUGUUGGUGGAGUUUGAAGUCUUUUUUUGGUUUUGCAUUUUUUUUUUGGAAAGCCCAGUUGCCUUAAGAGGGGCGUCUGCUUGUUCCGUAUCAGAUGAAGUUCAAGUAUUUUCUCUACACUCUUUAUUUAUUUUCUUGUUUUGUGCAGAUGGAUUUUCAGUGAUAAGAUAAGCGUACGUUCAUAUAUGAAGAAUGAACACGACCAAAGAACAACACUGAGACUCUGUCCCAAGUAGGCUCACUUCAUCGGGUUUGUGAGGGACGCACACACACAAACACACACACGCACACACGCGUAUCUUCAGGUGGACUAAAGUCCCACAGAUAAGGAACGCAAACAAUACGAUUGCCUCGUGUGUGUGUGUUUGUGUGUGUGUGUGUGUGUGAGUGAGUCAGUGGCGGUUCUAGCCCGUUUUUAGCGGGGUGGCCAGACUUGGUCCAAGGGUAUUUUCAGGGGGGCCGGCCUCCAGGGACAUGCAGAGCGCACCUGCCCUUUUGGGGCACCCCUUUUGGCUUUUGCGUUUUUUUUGUGGGUUUUUUUUGGGACCUUUCAUCAAUCAAAUGUAAUGUAAACAUGCUGAAAAAAUGUAAGAAGAUAUUAUUUAUUAAGCAAUGGUGCACAAGAGAAGGGCGGGGCUGUGGCGUGCCCGCGUGAGUUGCUCAUCCACGAGUGAGAUUCACGUUUAGGAGACAUAAAAGUUCCUCAAGUUUCACCAGAAUCAGAGGCGCCGUGAAAGAGCAAGGAAACAAGGCACCGCUGAUUAAUUCCCUCGCUUCCCCUUACUCGUGCACACAAACACAAUUUUACAGCCAUUAAAAUAAUUGAAUUCAUUUUGAAGACGCGGUUACAAGCAUUUCCGAGCCGCUCUUGAAUGCAGCAUAAGUCGUGGCGCGGACACGAAAGAGCACCGCAGCUGAUCAAAACUGACACUUUUACAUGUUCACGUAUACAAUGUAUGAGAAAUUAAUAGGACAGUUCAGGGCGUAUCCCGCCUCCCGCCCGAAGACAGCCGGGAUAGGCUCCGGCAGGCCCGCGACCCGUUUUUUUUUUUUUGAACAAUUGUGCAAAAAGAUGCAGAGUCCUCUAGCAAUUAGAGGAGUUGGAAUGACUAAUAUCGCAAUAGUUCGGUGCAAUGACCAUUGUGCAAAGGGCGCCGAGACUUCAAGCGAGUAGUACGAUAGUCUGGGACAAUUUCGAUUGUGCAAAUGUUGCAGAAUGUUGUGCAAAUGGAGCAGAUGCUACUCUGGCAUGAGUGGCCAGUAUAGGUCAAUGACAGAUAUGCAAAUCGUGCAGCGUGGCGAGCCUACGACAGUGAGUGCACGAGUAAUAUACCGUAUACUGUUAGCUUGCUUGCUAGCCAUUUGAAUCAUACAGUCAUUGCUUUUUACAUCCGUAUUUAUGGAGCAUUGUUAUGAAUAUUAUUGAUACCAUAGCCUCUUAAAAGUUUCGGCGGGCCUCAGGAUUCCAAAGCGGGUUCCGAGUCGGCACGAUUUAGGAAUGACUGGGUUAGUGUUGGAUUCAAAACACGUCCGAAAUUCGGCAAAACCGACGAUCACUUUUCUAAAAGCUGAAGUCUGCGAAUGCCUUGUUUUGCUUAAAACGUAAAGGCAAUUUGUUUGCUUUCACGGAGGAAUAAAGAAAUCAGAACAUAGUCCCAUUUGACUGAAACGCUGAGGAUUUGGACUCUCUUAAAUUCUAUCUAAAAGAUGCCUCCAUUCAUUUUCCCAUCUAGCGUACCCCGCAAAAAGGGUGGGGGGGGGGGGGGCACAAUCGGGGGCACCGGCCCCCCUGCUCCCCAGAACCGCCACUGCUGUGCGCGUGAGAGUGAGUGUGUGAAACAGCCUGCUGAACUUUUCACUGUGAGUUUUUUUGAUCCCCGAUCGCGCGUUCUUGUUUGCUUGGUGUCGAUUCAUCGCCAGACCUUUGGCGAUUGCGGGAGAAUCAUGUCCACUCUGACCGGACGGCGAUGUCAUUCCAAGCCAAAAGAUUUCAAAGCAAACAUCCAAGUAUAUUUUGAGACUUUCUUUGUGUCGAUGUGAAGCAGCCGCAUUGGACCAAUUUUCCAAGCGGAACAAAGACGAACUGACCACUGAAGGACACGCGCCACUUUGGGAUUCCCGUUUGCUGCAAAUGAAGAAAUACAGCAUGCAGGACUUCGAUUGCACGUGCACCGCAGUGUUUAGGAGCUGACCUUUGGGUGGCGGCGCACAAUGUUUCUGCCUUAAAAGGUGACCCCUUCGUCACCGUUUGGUGGACAGGAACGCGGCGAAUGGUUGUGUUUGCCUUCAUUGUGUGUUCCUUCUGUUGAUGCACUUCUACAGCACGACUGUAGUAUCUAUUUUACAAAAUAAAAGAAAAUUGUCCGAC